CCUUGAGAACGAGGUUGAACAUUGUAAAAGUGAUCGUGAGGGUACGUACUUGUGUCACUCAGAGUGGUCUUGUUGCAAAGGUUACUGUGAUAUUUUCGUUUCAAAGAUGGGGAAUCGAGGUAUGGAAGACCUUAUUCCCGUUAUGAACAAAAUCCAAGAUGCGUUCGCUCACAUUGGGCAGCCAUCGAACGUAGAUUUACCGCAGAUCGCCGUCGUCGGAAGUCAAAGUGCCGGCAAGAGUAGUGUGUUAGAAAACUUUGUGGGCAGGGACUUUCUUCCGAGAGGAUCUGGAAUCGUCACAAGAAGACCGCUGAUACUGCAACUCCAUCCGGCCAAGACAGAGUGGGCAGAAUUUCUCCAUUGCAAGGGAAAGAAAUUUGUUGAUUUUGAAGAAGUGAGAAAAGAGAUUGUUGCAGAGACUGACCGAGAAACUGGCAGCAACAAAGGAAUCUCAUCAAUACCAAUUAACCUACGAGUUUAUUCUCCUCAUGUAUUGAAUUUGACGCUAGUAGAUCUUCCUGGUAUGACAAAAGUUCCUGUAGGCGACCAGCCUCCAGAUAUCGAAAUGCAGAUUAGAAGUAUGUUGUUUCAGUUCAUCACCAAACCAAACUGCUUGGUGCUAGCAGUGUCUCCUGCAAACUCAGAUCUGGCAAACUCUGAUGCAUUAAAGAUUGCAAAAGAGGUUGAUCCUGAGGGAGUGCGAACAAUUGGAGUGAUAACAAAGUUAGAUCUCAUGGAUGAAGGAACAGAUGCCAGAGAAAUUCUUGAGAACAGAGUCCUCCCCUUAAGAAGAGGUUAUAUUGGUGUGGUAAACAGAAGCCAGGCAGACAUUGAUGGUAGAAAAGACAUUAAAUCAGCCCUCGCCUCUGAGCGAAAAUUUUUUCUUAGUCAUGCAUCCUACAGGAUGAUACAGCAAUUCAGUGGAGAUUUUGAGAAAGCCAUUGAAGGGUCUGGUGAUUCAAUUGAUACCAAAGAACUCUCAGGUGGAGCAAAAAUCAACAGGAUAUUUCAUGAGAGGUUCCCAUAUGAGUUAGUUAAGGUGGAAUUUGAUGAGAAACAGCUCAGAAAGGAAAUUAUGUUUGCCAUCAAGAACAUCCAUGGUAUCAGGGUUGGUCUUUUCACUCCUGAUAUGGCCUUUGAAGCAAUAGUAAAGCGGCAAAUUGACAAACUGAGGAGUCCAGCAGUGAAGUGUGUGGAUAUGGUUAUGUCUGAAUUAACCAAUGUCAUCAAGAAAUGUACAGAUCCGAUUGACAAAUACCCUUUACUGAGGGACCAGGUGGAGAAAAUUGUUGUAGAACAUGGAAGAAAGGGAGAGGCCAAAUCUAAAGACCAGGUCAAAACAUUUAUUGAUAUGGAGCUUGCAUACAUUAACACAAAUCAUCCUGAUUUUAUUGGUUAUGCAGCAGCAUCAAGUACAUCCAAUCCUGGUGAAAAAAAAACAAAAAGAACUAUCUCCAAUCAGGUGAUUAGGAAAGGUUGGCUCACAAUAAGCAAUACAGGAUUUAUGAAGGGAAUCAGCAAAGAGUACUGGUUUGUACUUACAGCUGAAUCGCUUUCAUGGUACAAGGACGAGGAGGAGAAGGAACAGAAAUAUCAAUUGAGAUUGGAUAAUGUGCGCCUGCGUGAUGCUGAGGCAGGAUUCAUGUCCCGAAAAGCUGCCUUUGCUAUCUUCAAUCCUGAUCAAAAAAACUUAUUUAAAGACCACAAAGCGUUGGAGCUUGCAGGAGAGAACCAGGACGUUAUAGACAGUUGGAAAGCCUCGUUCCUUCGAGCCGGAGUGUACCCUGAGAGAGACACAUCGGAGGAUAAGGGCUUGCAAGGUGAGAUAGGCACCUUAGAUCCUCAGAUGGAACGUCAAGUGGAAACCAUCAGAAACUUGGCGGAUUCUUACAUCAAGAUCGUCAGCAAAACUGUCCGGGACCUCGUCCCUAAAACUGUGAUGUUCUUCAUUAUAAAUAAUGUGAAGGAAUUCAUUGGUCAGGAGCUGUUAGCCCAUUUAUACUCGGGUGGGAAUCAGAAUGACUUGAUGAAAGAAAGCGAAGCUGAAGUCGUUCGUCGGGAGGAAAUGCUGCGCAUGUUCCACAGUUUGAAGGAAGCUCUACGGAUUAUUAGCGAUAUAGACGCGAAUACCGUGACCACAUCGCUGCCACCUCCUGUCGACACAGGGGACCGUGACUUACUCGAUUCAUACAAGCCUCCCGGAAGCACUAGACAACCUCCUGUUCCUAGGGCAGGUCAUCCGAGUCCUACCCCACCGUCUCGACCGUCCCGUCCCGUUCCAGGCGUACCAUCCCGACCAGACAGUGCUCCUUCUGUACCCAGGAGACCUAAUGCGCCAGGCAAACCGGCUCCUCCUCCACCAAUACCUGGUCGGCCUCCUGUGCCAUCAAGACCUUGAAUGUCACGCAACUGCAUCAGCAUCGAACCCGCUUGUCCUGCAAGAUGUAUUUUCUCAUUCUUCGAUUACUAUUUUGUGUAAAUGUACCUGAAGUUAGGCAUACCAAAUUUUUUAAUUGAUCAUCGACUUGACGGCAAAUUUUUUGGCAAAAACUUUAAGAAUAUAUUUGCAAAAGGAAAAGUUCAUCCUUCACAUUACUCCUAAGUACCACCUAGAAGACCGUACUUUAAUUGUUUCCCACCUCUAACACGUGGUGUUUGGUGAAAUCGUCCCAUUUAUAAUAAUUCCGAAAGGUACGCUGUACUAUGAUCAGAACGACUGGUCAAUUGGCUUAGUUUGAUUUAGUCAGUAUAUAUAGUUAAAUAGGUAGGUUUGUAUAAUUACGUUUUUGGAGAUGAAGCCCUGAAAGGCUUGAUGGAUGGAAGGGGGAUUUCUUUGGCGGCAGGCUUAAACGAACGAAGAAAUGACUGAAUAAAAAAAUUCGUUUUUUCUUGUACUCGUGGUAUGACUGACGUAACUCGAUUAUUGGCCUUCAUAAUUUCGCUUUAGAUUGGUAUUAGAAUCGAGUCAAGCUUGAAAUUUACCUUCCUGAUACAUAUACGUUUGUUUAGAAUACACACUUAAAAAUGAUGGUUUCGAAAUUUACGUAGUUAUAAACUAAAUCGAGAACCAUACUUGUAGUUGUAGACAUUUGAAAGGUUCACCAACUUUGUACACUCCUAAACAUCUGGCAAUGUUUGCUCCUUGAUCCGGCUUCAUUAUUCGUGGUUGGUUUUGUUUUUUAACACUCACUGAGUUGAAAAGCGCUGAAAAGGCUUGCUCGAUUAUCUUCAAAGUGUAGCCGGUUCAGUAACUAACAAUAUUUAGUAACAGAGAAAAGAUGGCGAGCUCGAGGCACUUGACUCGCUUAGCAAUGUAAUGCGCCUGAAGACUUGCAUGUUGUGAUUUAAUCAUGCAACGAUUAGUCGUAAUUUUUCAGUAAAUAGAAAAGUACCCAAUAAAUUCAUAUACAUGGAGAACUCAACAACUAA